UUUCUUCGACCGUCAAAAUUAUGCAAAUGACGCCGGACGUGCAGGCAGCUGAGGACAGACCAGUCGUAUCCAAAAUGGCGAACAGCAACAAGGAUCUGCAAGAGGAGGUUUACGACAAGGUUGUAGACCUGACAGAAUACGCCAAACGCCAGCGAUGGUGGAGUCGUGUUUUUGGAAAAAACUCUGGCCCAGUAGCAGAGAAAUACUCUGUGGCCACACAGAUAGCCAUAGGGGGAGUGAGCGGAUGGUGUGCCGGAUAUCUCUUCCAGAAGGUUGGAAAGGUUGCUGCUACAGCUGUAGGGGGAGGUCUUCUGUUGCUGCAGAUAGCCAACAACAGUGGAUAUAUUGAAGUGGACUGGAAGAGAGUAGAGAAGGAUGUCAACAAAGCUAAGAAGCAAUUAAAGAAGGGCACCCAACAAGCAGGUCCAGAGCUAAACACAUUUGUCGAGAAGUCCACAGAGUUUGUGAAGAAAAACAUUGUUGUCACAAGUGGCUUCGUCGGAGGUUUCCUGCUCGGCCUGGCAUCCUAGAUUUUGCCGAAUGAGAAGAGUCUGUAUUACUUUGAUGUCAUGAAAAACUAGGGAAAAGUGAUAAAUUAUUGCUCUGUGGUUGUUAAAUGUGUUGACAGCAAGCUACCAGUUUCCCAUUAGCUUGUAGCUAUGUGUUUCUACAUAAGCUGCACACCCUUUUUGUCAACUUUAAUACUGGACCUCCACAUGACACACGUCAGUAUGGAUGUGGGACUUCUUGGUUAGACCCCGUAAAACACUCCACUUUCCUGGCCAAAUAAUAGCACAUAUCAUGCAAAGCUUAAAGGCCAUCAGAAUGUUGUAAAUUUGUAUGUAUUUAUUUUUACCAAACCAACAUAGUACCACUAUGUAAGGUUUUGCACUGUUAUUGAUGUCCCUUGUUGUGCAUUACGCCAAUCAGUUAAGUGCAUGUAGAUAUUUAAUUCAAAUUCACAUGGCUGGUGAUGUCCAAAGAAUUCUGUUGAUUCUGUCAAUACCAGACAUGUUAAUCAAUCAAUCAAUCAAUCAGUCAAUCAUCUUCAGAGCUAAAACUUGAAUGCUAUUCUUAAGUGCUGAGAGAUGUGGUUUUGCUAUGCCUCUUUUAGAGGUGCUACAUGUCCGACGGGUUAUGUCAGCCUCCCCUGCAUCUCUUUGUUUUUUUAAUGUAUUUUGUUAAGCAAUAAAUUGAAGGUUGAGGUGCUGAAGGCUGUGGUUUGUCUACUAUGUAAGUUUGAACAAAUAAAAAUCCGUUGAACUGUU